AUGGCGGGCAUGAGGAUAGGUCGUUCAGAGUCGUCGGCGUUGCCAGAAACAAGCCUGGACGGGUUUCCCCUUCCUCCACUCUCGCACCAGCACUUCAUGUCUCCUGCGCUGAGUAUCAAGACGGCGGGAAUUAAGAGAACUCGCUCAGCGUCGACAGACCCACCGCUGCUUGAAGCCCAUGGGCAACCCAACGCUACCGCCUCUCAGGUUCUCCCCGCAACACACCAGAAUUGGACCCAUUUCUCGGCGCCCCUAAUGGCGGGCAAGAAGAGACCUCGCUCAGUGUCCCCGAACUCACCGCGGUUGGGUCAAGACAAACAGCUGCGCCAAAUGACGCUUGUUGGUAAUGAUGGAAUUGCAGAGGCGACGUAUUUCAUCUGGCAGAGCACAGGGCCAGAGCUCAAAAAAGCAUACACAGAAGCGCUCAGGAUAUUGAAAUGGCGAGUCAGAUUGCUCGCAUGGGUUCGUGAACGUUUGGAAGUCCUCAACCGCGAUCUGCCGGAUGAGACGAGAGUUCAAAUAUGCCACGAGAUAACGAGCUUCCAUCGAGAUUACCAAAACCGUCAAACUGAACUACAGGUCACGAUCGAAAUGAUCUCAAACCUUCUCGGAACCGACGUCCGACUUAAACUUGGCGCUCUACCGAAGGAACUCCGCGCCAUGAUCCUCAAAGAACUGACCAAGCAAGCCGAGCCCGUAAGCUGGUACUCGCCCGGCGCAAUACCAUUGGCAAUCUACAAUUUCCAAGCUGGCGUUCUAGGCAAAGAACUUGCCGUCGAAAUUGUAAUUGCGUAUUACAAGAGCAAUAUUCUCCUGAUUCCGGACUCCAGGCAGCUGGAGGCGUUCGUGCGGCCGUGCUGGGAGGAUAGGUGCUAUCUCGGCGCGGCCGGCACCAUUAACCACACAGACUUCAUGAAUCAUCUCAUUGUACAGAUUCAAUAUAGUCAGUACGAAGCUAUUAAUAGAGACGUGGCGAGUCUCAAAUCUGAGGAAAUUGGUCAGAGUCUGGAGCAUUUGAUAUCCCUGCGGCCUCAACGUAAGUUUCGAUUGGAACUGCAAAUGCAUGCGCCUACGAAAGAAAAGAUUGAAGAGCUCAUGGGAGCAAUUACUUCGCAGUACAGGGAGCUUGUAGCAGGUGGCUUCAUCGUCGAAGUUACCUGCGCUAAACACGGAAGCAUGUGGUACCCCAGGAACCUCACGGAAUUCUUCAAUUGCUCAACAGAAUCAUGGCGAUUGGUCGUUGAGGAACACCGCAAAACUGCCCCUGAACUUCGUCUCGAAGACAUUGACGAUGCCACAGAGAGAGCGGAUAUUGCAUGGCUCAAGGAGGAGAUCCCGACGAAGUCGUUCCAGGAUAUAGCUAUCGCCCUUCUUGCCUCACACGGCAGCCGUUGGGCUGCAUUGACACUGUUGGAACAGACGCAGCCAUAGAUGCUUGUGCAUGCAGUUGGUGGUGGAGUGGAUAUUUUCUUCGUCAAAGUCAAUGAAAUUAUUUGACUGGUCUCAUGUGGGAUGGAGUGUUUCAGGGAGCGGCGGUAUGGAAGGGGUCAAAACAUGGCUGGAAAACAC